AUGACUGAACAUGAUCUGAAAGUGCUCGACACCAUUGACAGUCCAGAAUAUAUCUCUGGCGAGUUAUCAGAUGACGAACUCGACAUACCAGCACAUAUGAUUCCACCGAAUCCGGACGAUUCUGACAUAUUGCCUUCUCAGGUCCAUCCUUCAUAUCCCUACGGGAAUCCAACAAAUAUCAAGCAUCCAGCUGCAAGACCAAGACCACCAUAUGACCCAACUUCUCGGGCGUUAUUCGAGGACAUGGGCUAUGGCGGGGGUGGUGUGAAUGGCUCUUUACGCUGGAGAGACCUUGCUUUGGACCGAUUAUUACCCGUCAAUGAUGAGAAAGAAGAGAUGAGGAGAGCGGCCGAGGCAAGAAAGAUGGCCAAUGGUGCUACGACCCAACCACAGCAGCAGCAACAGCAACCGCCACCUCAGGCAGGAGUUGCUGAUCAAACUAUUGACGAAGAGGACGAGGAAGAAGAGGACAGUGCAGAGCAUGAUGAGAACGAUGUGGACGAAGACAAUGUAGAAGACGAGGAUGAUGAUAUGUAA